AUGAGUAAAGUUUCCACUACUGAAAAGUCACCACAAGUUGUCGAUGUUGAAACCGGUGUUUUAGAAGACAUAUCCGAUUCGAUAUCGCAAGUAAGUCAACCAAUUGACAAAUCACUGCGUUGGAGAAUUGAUUUGCGGAUUUUGCCCUUUUGUAUGGCCAUUUAUUUCUUACAGUAUCUGGACAAAACGUUACUCAAUUAUGCUGCAGUCAUGGGUAUUAAGAAACAUUUGCACGGAGAUCAAUUCAGCGACUUGGGCACAAUCUUCUACGUGGGAUACCUUGCUGCUGAGCCCUUAUCUGGGUUUUUGAUCCAGAAACUUCCAGUGGGCAAAUUUUUAGGAAUUAAUGUAACACUGUGGGGGAUCAUCGUGUGUUUCCAUGCGGCUACAAAAAGCUAUCCGGGGCUCAUGAUUGUUAGAACAUUGUUGGGGAUUUUCGAAGCUUCUGUUGCCGGGUGUCUCAUUCAAAUUACAGGUAUGUGGUGGACCAGCUCAGAACAAUCUAGAAGAACUGGGUUAUGGUACAUGCAAAUUGGUGUAGGUCAAAUCGUCGGUUCAGGUUUGUCAUACGGAUUCCAACAUGUUGUAUCAAAAAAAGUCGCCAGUUGGCAAAUUCUGUUCAUAUUCAUGGGCUGCCUUACAUUUCUUGUCGGUAUCGCAACAAUUGUGUUUCUACCGGACAGUCCUCAGACAUGCCGGUUCCUAAACGAAAAAGAAAGACGUGAGGCAAUUCGCCACGUAAAGGUUAAUCAAGUUGGCACUGACAAUAAAACCAUCAAAUGGUUUCAUCUCAAAGAAUUAUUACUCCAGGACAAACAAACGUGGCUCUUGUUUUUCAUCACGGUUUUAACGAUGAUCACGAACGGUGCCGUGUCCACUUUUACCAGUGUUAUAAUUUCGACCUUUGGGUUCAGCAAUGAAAGGGCGACCUUAAUCCAAAUGCCAUCGGGCGCAGUAUCCAUUUUAGCCACAAUUGCGUGUUCUUAUUUGGCUGGGUACAUUGGAGAAAGAGCCGUUAUUAUGGCAUGCGUGUGUCUUCCCUCAGUACUCGGAGCCAUCUUGUUGAUUACACUUGGCCAUUCUCAGAAAGUUGGCAAACUGUUUGGUGUAUACUUGCUGAAUUUUGCACCCGCCAUUUUACCCAUGAUUUACAAUUGGAACUCUGUCAAUACUUCAGGCCAUACCAAGCGGGUCACCAGAAAUGCACUCACACUUAUAGCGUUCUGCAUCGGUAAUUUGAUUGGACCUCAAAUGUUUAAGGCAAAAGACGCUCCACAUUAUACUCCAGCUAAGAUCGGUCUCAUAGUGCAGCUUGCCGUAGCAGCUUGCCUGUGCAUUGUCCUAAGAUUCGUAGUGGUACGUGAAAACAAGUUGCGCGACUCGCAGACAGCGGGAAUAGAUCCCGUUGAAUUAACCAGAGAUGUGACGGUCUUGGAUUUGACCGACAUUGAAAACAAAGCUUUCAGAUAUAAGUACUGA